AUGGUCGACAUCGUCCCACUGAGCUCCUACCCCUCCUACAUCGACCUCCUCCCCUCAAUCCAGACUUGCAACAUCACCAACCUCCCCGAGAACUACUUCCUGAAAUACUACCUCUACCAUGCCCUGACAUGGCCUCAGCUGAGCUUUGUGGCUAUCGUCCGGCCGAAGGGCGGGUACAAGACCGGAACUGGAAGAGGUGCUGCGGGCGAUGUCUCGGGACAGUACCCUAAGGUUGUGGGGUAUGUGCUUGCGAAGAUGGAGGAGGAGCCUACGGACGGAAAGCAGCAUGGUCAUAUUACCAGUUUGAGUGUUAUGCGGACGCACCGGAGAUUGGGAAUUGCAGAGCGCUUGAUGCGCAUGAGCCAAAGAGCUAUGGCUGAAUCCCACCGUGCAAACUACGUCUCGCUUCACGUUCGCGUCUCUAACACAGCUGCGCUACGCCUAUACCGGGAUACUCUUGGCUUUGAGGUCGAGAAGGUCGAGGACAAGUACUAUGCUGAUGGCGAGAAUGCGUAUGCUAUGCGCCUGGAUCUCUCGGGUCUCUGGAUGGAUUGGAAGGCCAUUGAGGCGCGGGACCGGGAGAACGAGAAGAACGACGAAGACGCACAGGAUGAGGGUGAGGAGGUUGGCGAGUUAGGCAAGAAGGACGAUGCCAAGGAUCAGGAGCGGAUGGUCAAGGUUAAGAUCGGACGUGCUUUGGGAGUUGGAGACUUGGUGGAGAAGAAUGAGUCGCAGCAAUCAUAA